CGUUCGCACAAAGGAAAGGAAAAUAGGAGCAGACCUCCGCCGCCGUGUUUCCAAGUCCUGACAACCACAAGGCAGAUGAUCUUUUAAAGCACAGCUCAAGAAGAAGGAGAACAUGUCGAGCAAUAAUUCCUUGGUGAUUCAUCUUUAUUGGGGAGGAAAAAUUGUAUAUGUUGGAGGAUCAAUGUUAUAUGAUCCGCCUAUGCCGAAAAAAGUUAUGUUCCUCAGAGAAAGAGUAGGUUUUGAUGAACUGGUGGACAGAGCGUACAACAUUAUGAAUCUAGACCGGAAUAAGUAUAAGAUUAGUUUGAUAUUUCGGAUUUGCCUGCAUUAUGGGGUGUUUGGUGCAAUGCCUUUGAUGGAUGAUAAUGGAGUCGACGGAAUGUACUUUUUGAAAGCUAAUAGUGGACAUGCCACCGAGAUCUACAUAGAGGUGGAGGAGCUCUUAAGCUUGGGACGAUAUGAUACUCAAACUUUGCAAAUUGCAAAUCCACAUAUUGAUGGAGGCACUAGUCUAUGUGGAAAGGAGCCAAUGAAUAUAGGCGGGACAACUAGCUUAUUUAAAAGUCAGUUGAUCCAGUUGGAUUCUGGAGAUGCCCAACCGACUCGGAGAGGAUGCAGAAGGGGUACUGGGCGGCAACAUAUUGAGAUGGAUCGUCCAAGCGGUAGUCGGCAGGCAAAACGCAUGUCAAUAGUUGAGCCUCGUGAUUUGGAGACUAAUGCAGCUACAGUGUUCGAGCCCACGACAAAUACUGAUGUUGAAUUGGUAGAUGUGGACGUGGAUUCCGAACCAGAACCAGACACCGAUGAUUCUGUUGAUGAUGACCACAACUAUGAUGCAUCUGAGCAGAGAAGUAAGUUAGGCGAAGGUGGUAUCACCCUCAUACACGUUGAGCCUAGUGCACCAUGUACCAUUGAUGUAACACCACAAUUGCGGUAUGAAGCCGGUGUUGAUGCUACGUUACGAUUUGAUCCUCUAGAUGUGAGAGGUGUCGAGAAGCUCAAAUUUUGGAAUGAGCACACGAAAGAGCUACAAUUGGGGUACCUAUUUCACACCAAAGAACAUGUAAAGCGGGCAGUAAAGUUGUGGUCUAUAAAGAAAAAUAGAGAGUAUAAAGUCCGAGAGAGCACUCCAACAACAUGGUAUGUCCGAUGCAAGGCUCGCAACUCCACACCUUCGUGUAACUGGCAGUUGAGAGCAACCUUACGUAGUUCCCAUAAGCUGUGGAUGAUUGUUACUCUUGCAGAUGAACAUACAUGUGUCUGUGUGUGCAACAAUAGUGACCACCGACACUUGAGUGAGGAUAUAAUUGCCGAGUACAUUAUCCCCCACAUCAUCAAAGAUCCAUUUUUCAAAGUUAAGAAAAUCCAAACAAUGGUGAAAAAGGAGCUUCACUGCAAUGUGUCGUACAAGAAAGCUUGGUCUGCUCGGCGCAAGGCUAUUAAUAUUAUAAACGGUGAUUGACCAUCAUCCAUGUCGUAGCUGCCAAUGUACGUGCAGGAGUUCCAAUGAUUCAACACAAGCAUGUCAAAGGGCGGGGGCUAAGAGAUUUUGUUGCUCAACAACACUUUGCGAUAAAAGGCAAAAGACACUUGCAUCCUUAG